UUCGCGGGAUCGUCUUCUUAUGUAUUUCCAUCUGCUGAUCGACUGCGGCAUCAUGUACGCCUUCGUGAUCGCUCAUGCGUUGGAUGAACGGGACUCCGUAUGGAGGUACAGCCUUAUGUGCGCCAUAACGUGUCUCAUGAUCCCACUGAUAAAUCUACUGCCCGAGAGCCCGCUCAGUUAUCUCAGGAAGAACGACGAGGCUAACGCGAAGAUUUCUCUAAAAUGGUUUCGCGGCCACGCUUACAAGGACGACGUCGAAAUGGAGGGGCUAAAGCGUCUCUCUUCUGCGGUUCGCUCGGGAAAGAUCACGAGCAUCCUGCGGAACUGGCGCGUCGUUCGGUCCUUCCUCGCAUGCUUGUUCGUGUUCCUCACCCAACAAUUCAGCGGCGUCACCACCAUGCUCUUCUACUCGUUGACGCUCUUCAACGUCGGCGGUUCGGGUUACUUGACCGCGAGCGAGCUCACCGUCGUCCUCGGCGCCGUGCAAAUAUUGUCCUGUCUCCUAGCGACCGCUCUGAUAGACGUGCUCGGACGUAGGAUACUGUUGGCCGCAUCCUCGACGUUUAUGGGAUUGUUCCUGAUACUGUUAGGUUGGUUCUACGAUUUGCGGGAGCAAGAUCCGGAAUACGACGACAUCUACUACUGGAUGCCUCCGGCGUGGACGACGUUGUUCUUCGCCGCUUACAACAUCGGCGUCGGGCCGAUCUCGUGGUCGUUGCUGGGCGACAGCUUCCCGAUGGAAGUGAGGGCGACCGGCGCGGCCUGCGCGGCCGCCUUCAACUGGCUGCUGUCUCUGAUCGCGACGAUGAGCUUCGGCGAGAUGCUGGACGCCCUCGGCGUGCCGAGGACCAUGUGGCUCUUCGCCGGCUUCUGCUGGCUGGCCGGCGCCCUCUGCGUCCUCCUCGUGAAGGACACCCGCGGCCGCAGUCUGGCCGAGAUACAAGGGAGCUUCGGCAUCGAGGAACGCCGAUGAGUGGAAAGAGACAGCUCCGGGCGGACGCGAAGACGACUAUCACGCGGCGACAGCCGCCUCUCCGCCCUCGUCGAUAUUGAGAAACGAGCGCUCGGCCGCAAGACGAAUGUCUUCGGACAAGACGGCCCGAUACGGCCGGCCGGUGCCGAUGAUUUACUAGCCUCUAGAUCAUUCUCCGCGUCCUGCCCCGGCAACUCGGCCGUUUUAUCUCGCGUUUUGACGUAAUCUGCAGCGCGCUAGAGCUGUCGGAAGGGCCGUUGCGCGAGCUGAAAAUUACGACCUCGUAAAUCAUGCAAAUAAAUGCACGCCGUGUCCCACGCGAGCGACGGCGCAACAACGCACCGGAUUCGCAGCACGUGCCGGUGAGUAGCGAGAGAGUAAUCAACCGUGAAACACCGUGUCUCCGUCGCUCGAAUUCGACUAAUCGGACGGCCGGCCUCGCAGCGGCGGGACGACGUCGCGAACGUUGACACGUUGUCGAGCGCGUUCGAUAAAUGCGUCGAUCUCGCUGUAAGUCGCCGAACGAAAAUACGACGAUCCAGCGAGGAAAACGUAUCACCUCAUUCCGCAAUCCGCGAUAUCGGACGCGGCGGCGUCAGUUGGCGCCGCGCCAGCAAGCGGAGAUCCGUCCGUCGUAUUUUGUUGCGGCCUGAAAUAUCGCUAACA